UUACGGUUGCCUCCAUCUCCUUCCUCGUUAAUUCACACCAAAAACCUCAAGCUGCCGUCUCCGUCGCCGUCGCCUAAACCGCCGUUGUCAUUCUCCACCGCUCAAAUAUCCGUCGCGUUCAUCUCCAUCUACGCUUCUGAAACUCAAUUUGAAAGGGUUCCCAUUCCCCUCUUUCACCAAAGCAAUGAUAGAACUAUUGUCACUCUCAAAUUCAACAUAACGGAAGCAACAAUCACGCGCCAAAAUCACUGCAUUAUAGAGGGCACAAGCUUCAGCCAAAGCUGGGUCAGAACACCCACGUUGCAGCCGCGACAAGCUCCCCGUCAGAGUUACGGCAAACAGCUCCCAAACCCCAUCUUCCUUCACACGCCAGGUUAUUGAAGUUGUUCAUCGUGUGGUUAAUUUGAUCAGAACACCAAAUUUCUCGUAGAUUCUUUUAAAUUAAGUCCAAAUAUGAAUAAAAGAACAAGCAUGAAGUAGAUGGAAUAAAGCGCGAGGAGAAGGAGGAGAAAUCCCUUCAAGGUUUUGAAUAUUGUGCUAAACUUUUCAUGUUAUUGGUUUGUUAAUUUUGUUUGCAAUGAAUUUUAUUUGGAUCGAAAGCGUUUCAUUUUUAUUUUUUUGUACUACAUAUUGAAGCAUCUGAUGAUCAUAUGCUACAAAAUUGCAUAAAUUGUUGAAUGAUUUUUUACAUUUAAUUUAAUUCAACGUCUCUAUAUAACUUAUUGUUCUCCAAUAAUUAGUUUUUUGUGUCUGAUUUGGAGAUUCCUUGGGCAACAAAACAAUAUGAAUCACAACUUUAAGUUAGAUUUAAUAAUUUUAUUAAAAAAAAAACUUAAAAUUGUUAUCUAUGUGCAUUCUCUAGAGUAAAAGCGAGUAGAAUUAAGUCGAAUUACCCAUAUAUAUAAUUAAGUAGAUCAUAUAUAUUCUGUGCACUAUGUGCAUUUCUCUAGCUCAUAUACAUGUGAUAAAAUUUUCUCUUUCUUUUGUAUAUUGCACUCAUUACUCAUAUAUAUGAAUUUACAAUCCUUUCAUGUUCUCUCAUGAUCGCAAUCAUAGAUAUUAUUACUUACAAUUUUUAUUUUGAGGGAACCUGAAAAUGCACAAAUUAGUUUAAAUAAAAAUCAAACUUAUAAUAAACCAUUGUUUACAAUUUAUUUACAUUAAUAGAAUAGAAAACGCAAAUCACACACACAGGCGGCCGCUAGUAGAUAUAGAUAGGUAUAAAUUUCAUUUAGGAUAGAAUGGAGAUAAACCAAAUAAGGAGAGGGCAAUUUAGACUUUUGUACUAAGGAAAACCUUAUACUCCAUAAUGUUUAAUUCACAAUUAGGGAAAAAGAAACAGAUCCUUCUCCUUGUUUCUUUCUCACAAUCUCACCUCAUGCAAAGCUUCGUCUCAUCACCAAGGGAGGGCUUUAAUCAUCAUCAUCUAUUCACCAAGUAUUGCAUGCAAGUUGUGCCUUCACCAAAUCCUUCAUCGCCUUCCUUAAGCAAGUGAGUGCCUUUAAUUAAGAUUAAAUUUAUAGUUUUGGGGCUGAAUUGAUUAUUAGGGUAAAGUUGAAGGAUAGUUUAGAAACCAUGAAGUGGAGCUUGGAAGAGAAAGAUUGGAUAAAUCGAUGAUAGUGUUUGGACAAGAUUAAUUGGUGAGUUGUUGUUAAUGGUGUAUGCAUACCCAAUUUAUUAAACUAGUGUUACAAAUUCUGAAACGUAAGACAACUUAAGGAGAUAAGCUCACUAGUAAAGUAGAAUAUUAAUAACCCAAGUUAUUUUGAAGACUUAGUAACUAUCUCUCUCCCUAAUUCACUAUCUCUCUCCCUAAUUCGUCCAAUUGAAACUAUUAUGAUUGAAAUUGUUCUGUUAAUUGAUGCUGGACUUUGAAAGUGAGUAUAUGGCUGUUCGGGCACAUUUCUUAUUUAUAUUAUGCAGAAAAUUUGAGUUAGCAGGACCUGCACCUACUACAGCUAGUCAAAAUUUGCUGUUACGGUACUUUAUCUGAAAUUCAAGGGACUGAAGUGUGGGGAUCAUAACCAGUGCUCAGGUGGAUUAUUUGUUGCUUUAAUUGAAAAGAGGCAUAUAGAAUGAGAGUCUUUUGUCUUCAAAAUUUUGAGAGUUCAAGUCCGAGAGGAAAAUAAUUAUUUACUUUUUUUUAGCUUAAAUUCAGAGAUUGCUUUGCAUAAUAUAUUCAUAUAGAAGUUAAUUGUAAUGAACAUUCAUGACUGUUAAAGAAGCGCUGAACAUGAAUGUCUUAUUAUCCUAUAAGGAGAAACUGUACUAGUUUUAUAUUUUCCUUUUCUUUCUAAUUUUCCGUUAAAUCAGUGGGCAAUAUAUUCAAGUUGACAUGCAAAUCACUUUGCAAAUUAGAUGAUACAAGAAAAUGAGAUGAGAACUUUCAAAUAGGGCCUGAUCUUAUUCCAGCUAAUAUUUGACUCUCAAGAAAAUUGAUCAGAAUUGAAUUCCUACGUAUACAAUUUGCUUACUCGUGAGUUGUGACUCCAGCAGAAAUUUCACUCAAGAAGACUGAACAAUGCUGGGAUUUUCAUAUGGUGAAGUAUUUCUUUUGCUGGGAGCCACUGCUGCUCUAAUUGGUCCAAAGGAUUUGCCAAUCAUAUCCAGAACAGCAGGGAGGCUAGCUGGGAGGGCUGUUGGAUAUGUACAAUUGGCCCGUGGACAGUUAGAUUCUGUUAUGCAGCAAUCUCAAGCUCGCCAGGUUCAUAAAGAACUUCAGGACACAAUGGCACAACUAGAUGCUAUUCGUCACGAAAUUCGAAGUAUAUCAAUCAUAAGUCCUGGCCCUUUAACUCGGAGCCUUAACAAUCUUGACCAGGCACCUAUCUCAAAUGAAACAGACAACAGGAAACCAGAAGUUGCUGGGGUGAAUACCUCAAUAUCCUCUUUUACCAAGGAUUCAACUCCAUUGCCUUCCAACUCAUUCAAUAUGCAAAGGCAAGCAACUACUUAUGCCAGAUUGGCAGAGGCCCCUGCCAUAAAGAAUGGUUCAUUGGCAAGUAGCACUGAAGUUGAGAAGAUUAAAGAUGGUCUGCAGCUUAUUGUCAUGCCAGUUUCCGCUGAAAAUACCGGACUCUUACCAAAUCGUGGGGGAGCUGAUGUGAAAGGAUCUGACAUAGUUCAUGAAGCAAUUUUGGAGGCAGAGGUAGCUCAUAAUGCAAAGGAAUUCUUUUCACAGCCCCAAAAUCAAAUAUGAUUGAUAUGAAAAUCUAAAGGAGUGUUUGUGCUUCAAGUCUUCAACUAUUUUAAGUUACUAGAUCUUCAAUCGACACCUAUGCUUGAAACCAUGGUUUAUAAUCGAGACACCAAUUAGUGUCAUUCUUGCUAUGAAGCUUUAGUUUCUUUUCCAAGUAAGUGUUGUUUGGCAACUAGUGAACAUUGUAGCUCAUAGCCUAUUACUAAGGUGAAACAUUUCACAUCUUGUGCCCGUGUUGGUAUCAAGCUCACCCUUUUAUUGCAUCAUUGAUUGUUAAUGAAGUGUAGUGAUUCUCUUUGGACCUGAAUUCACUACUGUGUCACUUUGUUUAGACACAUUUACACAUAAAAAGAUAGAAAAAGAAAGAAAAAAAAGUAAGGUAUAUUUUUAUUAUAAUAAUUAA